AUGUCUAGUGUUACCGAAAUUCAAGAACACUCGACCUCUUCGAGAGAUGGUAGACUCACAGCUGUUGGUGAUUCUUCUGAUGGGAAGCCAAGAUGGUCCAACCAGUCAUUUGAUUUUACUCUUCCAGAAGACCUUCGCAGGGUAUUUCCAGACUACAGAACCCCGGAUGGAGUAUCUGCCUAUCUCUAUGCAAAAGAACAGGGAAUUCAGUAUCCCAAUUAUUCUCAAUGGAAAAUGGAACCUUAUGUUGAGAAAACCGGUUUUCAGGAUAAGGGUGCUCUUUCCAAUCCUGAGAAGAGUGCGCUUCUCAGGGCUGCCAAAGAAGUUAUUCAUUUAACUCCAUACUGCGGUACCGAGAUUGUUGGCUUGAAGCUCACUGAACUCAGCGAUGAACAGAAGAAUGACUUGGCUCGCCUUGCAGCUGAAAGAGGAGUUGUGGUGUUUAGAGGUCAGGAUGACCUUUUCAUCAGAGAGCAAAUCAAGUUUACCUCUUACUUUGGAGAACCACAUAUACAUCAACAAAGUGGAAUCAUUCCUGACUUGCCUUGGUCUCAUAUUGUGUAUAAGGACGAGACUUCGCUGAACGGUCUAAGAUCACAAGUGUGGCACUCCGACGUUCCAUAUGAGCUUAACAGUGCCGGCUUAACCACAAUGAGGUUCGACCUUUUACCUCAAGCUGAGAACGGCGACUUCAUAGGAGGUGAUACUUUGUUUGCCAAUGGAUAUCUAAUAUAUGAGGCUCUUGAUCCACAAUUCAGAGCUUGGUUGGAAACCCUGAAGGCCAAAAGCAGUGGACUUGGACAGGCCGCAGUCGCAGCAAGAUUGGAUAUGGAGACCAGAAGACCUGCGUUCGAAACAGAACAUCCCAUUGUGAGAACAAACCCAGUCACGGGACUGAAAUCUCUGUAUGUGGCUGAGAACUUCACCACUGAGAUUGUCGGCUUAGAAAAGCGGCUCAGCAAGUCAAUUUUGGAUUACCUUUUUGACCACAUUAGAAGAUGUUUGCAAUUUCAGUGCCGCAUCAAGUGGUCUCUAAACGAUGUUGCUGUUUGGGACAAUCGUUCGCACUUCCACACUGGAAUUUUCGAUUACUUUCCUAAGACAAGACAUGGAACCAGAGUUAUUGCACAAGCGGAGCGUCCAUAUUUGGCUGAAAAUUCCAAACUCUAUAGUGAGGUUAAGUUCCAGGGCUACAGCACUACAUAA